AUGACCUGUCUAGAUAUGAAUGAUGAAACGGGGUGUGAAAUUCGAGCUGAGUUAAGGGAGAGAUACUUGCGGUUUAUGGCAAACAUUUCCGGGAAAGAGGCCAAGCUGAACAUGUUCGAGAAAACUUCUGUUAGUGGUACCUUUGUAGCGAUGCAAGCUGAUGGUGGUCAUUACAUUGUAGAUAAUCUUGCGACACCCAUAGGAGUUCAUAAAUCGGCUGUCUUGAGAACCAAAGAUACGGUCUACCUUUCUGUAAAUAUGAAUGAUCUCAAAUAA